UGAGAGUAUAUUAUAACUCACACUCAGAACCUCCGACCUAUAACUCUUAAACCCUAAACCCCUUCGGAGCUCUAAGUUUUGUGAGAGCUGCCAUGGCGUCCAUGGCUUCCAAAGCGAAUCCACUCUUUUCUACCAUUCCUCAUUUUCUAACUUGGAGGAGCCACGGUUUUCGUACCAUUUGCUGUGGCCGUAUGGGCUUCGCCUCUCAGUCUCAGUCCCAGCAGCAACUUGAUCCCGAUACAACCCUCGGUGGAACCAAGGUUCUCGAAACUUUCGAAGAAGUGUUUGAGAUUGGAUCGCGCUUGGUUAAGUUGGAAACUGGAAAGAUCGCUCGCUUCGCUAAUGGCGCGGCGGUUUUGGGCAUUGAAGAGACCAAGGUCUUGUCUACUGUUGCCUCUGCUAAGGGGGGCGCUGUUCGUGAUUUUUUGCCUCUCACGGUGGAUUAUCAAGAGAAGCAAUUUGCACAAGGUGUUAUUCCGGGUACAUUCACGAGGAGAGAGGGGGCUCCCAAAGAGCGUGAACUUUUAUGUGGCCGCAUUAUAGAUCGUCCUAUUAGGCCAUUGUUUCCCACUGGAUUUUACCACGAGGUCCAGGUAAUGGCCAGCGUUCUCUCUUCCGAUGGUAAACAAGAUCCAGAUGUUAUGGCAGCUAAUGCAACAUCUGCUGCUCUUAUGUUAUCAGAUAUUCCUUGGGGUGGCCCCAUUGGAGUGAUACGUAUAGGAAGAAUUGAUGGGCAGUUUGUUGUCAACCCAACAAUGGAUGAGCUUAACUUGAGCGAUCUCAACUUAAUAUAUGCCUGUACAAGGGAGAAAACUUUGAUGAUUGAUGUCCAAGCACGUGAAAUCACAGAAAAAGAUCUUGAAGCUGGAUUGAGGUUGGCACAUCCUGAAGCAGUUAAGUUUCUUGAACCACAAAUCAGAUUGGCUGCUAAAGCUGGAAAGCUGAAGAAGGAAUACAAAUUGUCCAUGGUGUCAGAUAGUACAUUGGAGAAAGUUACCAAGUUAGCCGAAUUCCCUAUUGAAGCUGUUUUCACUGACCCCUCUUAUGGCAAGUUUGAACGUGGUGAGGCCUUAGAAAAGAUCACAGAAGAUGUGAAGAAGGUAUUUGAAGAAGAAUGCGAUGAAGAAGGCCUGAAGGUUUUGCCAAAAGCUGUAGACUAUGUGAGGAAAAAGGUUGUCCGCAGAAGAAUCAUUGCCGAAGGACGUAGAGUUGAUGGUAGACGUCUUGACGAAGUUAGGCCUUUGUAUUGUGAAUCCAGCUAUUUACCUAUACUUCAUGGGUCAUCAAUUUUUUCUCGAGGAGAUACUCAGGUUCUAUGUACUGUUACACUUGGGGCGCCAGGAGAUGCUCAACAUUUGGAUUCUCUCGUUGGACCACCGACAAAACGUUUUAUGCUUCACUAUAGCUUUCCCCCAUUUUCUAUAAAUGAAGUGGGAAAACGAGGUGGCUUAAAUAGGCGUGAAGUUGGCCAUGGAACUCUUGCUGAGAAAGCUUUGCUUGCUGUGUUACCUCCUGAAAGUGAAUUUCCAUAUGCCGUCCGUAUAAACUCAGAAGUCAUGGCCUCAGACGGUUCAACUUCAAUGGCGACUGUUUGUGGAGGUAGUAUGGCAUUGAUGGAUGCUGGGGUUCCGUUAAAUGAACAUGUGGCUGGGGUUUCAGUUGGCCUUGUUAGUGAAACUGAUCCAUCAACUGGUGAAAUUAAAGAUUACCGUAUCUUGACUGAUAUACUGGGACUUGAAGAUCAUCUGGGUGAUAUGGACUUCAAAAUAGCUGGCACACGGAAAGGUAUUACAGCCAUUCAGUUGGAUAUAAAACCUGCUGGAAUUCCAUUGGACAUAAUAUGCGAGUCCCUAGAGCAUGCACGUAAAGGUCGUUGGCAAAUACUUGACCACAUGGAGCGUGAGAUUAAUGCACCACGUAUGAAGGAUGACGAAAACUGUCCUCGAUUAGUUACCCUAAAGUAUACUAAUGAUGCUCUUCGUCGCCUAAUUGGACCUCUUGGUAUUCUAAAGAGAAAGAUUGAAGCGGAAACAGGUGCACGCAUAUCAAUAGGUGAUGGUACUCUUACCAUAUUGGCUAAAAAUCAAGCUGUGAUGGAAAAUGUACAAGAUAGGGUUGAUUUCACACUUGGCCGUCAGAUUGAAAUUGGAGGAACUUAUAAAGGUGUUGUAACUUCAGUAAAAGAGUAUGGUGCAUUUAUUGAGUUUAACGGUGGGCAGCAAGGCCUUCUUCACAUCUCAGAGUUGUCUCACGAUCCAGUCUCCCGGAUUUCCGAUGUUGUGUCUGUUGGUCAGAGGAUUACCUUGAGGUGCAUAGGCCAAGAUGUUCACGGUAACAUUAAAUUGUCCCUUAAAGCAUUGUUGCCUGUACCAAAAGCCAAAGGUCCGAAUGGAAAUUCUGUUUCUUCUUCGGAACCACUUCCGCAACAGAAAACUCAGAAUUCUACAUCAAAUAUUCCUCCAGUGGAAAAAGGUGUUGGUAGUGAGGUGAAGCCUACUUCGUCAGUUCCAUCGGUCCUUAUUCGAAGUGCUGAAGAAUGUGAUGUGGAAGAAAAACAAUCUGCUGUUACGAACCUGAAACUUAAGAAUACCCAAAAACCGAACAACGCUUCUACAAGUGCUGAAGAUUCUGAUGAAAAAGAAAAACAAUCUGCUGUCAGUAACAGGAAGCAAAAAAAUACCCGAAAACUGAAGACCACUUCUAAAAAUGCUGAAAAUUGUGAUGAGGAAGAAAAAAAAUCUGCUGAUAAGAAACCGAAACGUAAGACCACCCAAAAACUGAACACAGCUUCUAUAAGUGCCGAAGAUUGUAAUGAGGAAGAAAAGAAAUCUGAUAUUGGGAACUUGGAACUUAAGACCACCAAAAAACUGAACACUCCUUCUAGAUCGAAAGGCCAGUCAAAACCGUUGACUCAGAAUGAUGUAAAUAACAAUGAAGUUGAAGUUAAAGACCCCUUAACUCCAAGUAAUCUGAGAAUUGGAACAAAAGUCAAAGCAAAGGUUUAUCAGAUACGAUUGCAUGGUUUAGUACUUGAUUUGGGUGGAGGGCUUCGCGGGAUGUAUCGAUUCGAGGGAGACGAUAACAGCAAUUUCAAGGUUGGAGAUGAGUUGCAUGUUCAAUGUUCGAGUUUUUCGGGCCGUGGGAUUCCCGUAAUGUCGUUGGUCGAUAAUUAAUUGGUUGAUAGUUUGACAUCUCACGUCAAGUUUAAACUUUCAUAACGUCAAUCUGGGAAAUGAGAAAGUGAAUCACUUUUGUCAAGAGUUUUGAUGGCCUCUCGUUAAAUAUUACAACUAAAAAAGCCAAGCAUAUAGAGAAGGAACCAAUGUUCGAGUGGGGCAUCAACGCCGACACCCACGGUCCUCAUUCUUCGGUUCUUAAAAUUCAUCUUGGCCUUUUGAGUUGCAUUUUUGUCUACCAGUAGUUAGGAUAUGAAGCAAGAUCAUCUUUGGUACAUUUCACAUUUCUUGUGUUGCUAUCUGAUUGUGUAAGUUAAUUUAGUUGUGUAAAAUUUGUUUUGGAUGGUUUAGUUUAUUUAGCCUUUGGAUUGUAGAUUGCUUAUGUUACUACAUUUUUAUUGAUUUUGAUUAUAUAAGAAAGUUACGCCCCAAUUAAUGUUGAAA